AUGGAACCGGAACCGUCCCUUACCGCUCUCCUCGAGGCUGUCACAGCCCUCACAGCCACCGUCGGGUCCCUGCAGGCCCAAAUCCAAUCUCAAGGCCAGCAGCUCAUUGAGCUUAAAGCCAUAUGCAAGGAGACCGCCGACUUACUUGGCAACAAGGAUCAAGGAGGACCCCAAGUCCAAGCCCAGCCUGGCCCAUUGACUGGGCCUGUCACUCCCCCUACACAUACAGGGGGAGAAGCGCACACUCCAGGAACGGUUAGGCCUGGACUCAAGGCCCCCUUCCGCCCAUCAAGAGGAACGGGCUUUGACUCAGAGGAAGAGGAAGAACCCAGGCGGGCCCCCAAGAGAGAGCCUGGCAACACGCCUAAGCGGAGCCUCAGCUCCCUUACCCCAUUCGACUCAGGGUCUAGCGUGAAGCGACCCAAGAUGGAACUCCCCGAUCCAUACAAAGGGGACUCCAGGGGAAGAAAGGCAACCCAGUGGCUGGAUCGCAUGCUGCUGUGGGUUGCACUUCAUCGAGAUCAAUUUGAUGAAGAAGAACAAAUGGUUGUGUGGAUCCUUUACCACAUGACUGAUAAGGCCGCCGACUGGGCUCUCCCUAUCAUAGGGACCAUCAUCAAGGGCAAGGGAAACCCCCCUACCACUAUCCCGGCCUUAACGGCCAAAUUCAAAGAGGCAUUUGCCGACCCCGACGCCAAACGGGCAGCCGCCAGGAAGAUUGCCGCGCUUACUCAAACAACCACUACGUCUGAGUACGUUACCGAGUUCCGCAAUCUUAUGGCAGAACUUGAUUGGAACACUGAGGCGUACAUUGCCCAGUUUGUGCGCGGCCUUCACUGGAAGGUGAAGGAACUCCUGUCCACCAAGGACAAUAUCCCGGACAACAACCUUGAGGCUAUAUUUGCUGCCUCCGUCAAAAUAGACAACAUUUGUCGGGAAAACGAGGAGAACCAACCCAAGAAAACCCCCGCUAAGUCCCCGGUUUCCACGGCCACCACUUCCACCACUCAACGGGUCCGCUUAUCAGAGGACCCUAACUACGUCACUCCGGAGGAAAGGGACCGCCGCCGUGCAUCUGGGCUGUGCGUCAAAUGUGGGCAGAAGGGCCAUGGAAUCAAGCAGUGCCGUAAUGGUUGGAAGGCCACUCCCAAGGAAACUGCCAAGGUGGCCCAGGACGAGUCGGAAAAAGAGUAA